UGACAAAUCAUCAGGAUAAAGCCACGAUGAAUAAAAUAGUCGGGUGCUAUCCGAUGCACCCUAAUUUGCUCGCUUGAUUUGCAUUUAUAUAUAUAUAUCCGUUCGUUGCUCCCCCAGAAGAGGACCCAGAAAUCAUUUGCUUGUUUUCUCCAUUGAUUUGCAGAGAUCAGAUAGAUCAGACCCUUCUUCUUCUUCUUCUUCUUCUUCUUCUUCUUCAGCAGUUCUCUGUAAUCUUCUUCUUGUCUGGUGUGUUCUUUGCGGUGAGAAGAUGGGUGGAGAAAAGCAGAGCUGCUGCAGGGACGUGGAUGAUGAUCCGAAGCUUGUUGAUGCGAGCAGAGGCGGCGGCGGCGGCGGCGAGUGUUAUGAGUCUGAAUCCUCCAUGGGAGACUCUCUGGUGUCUGAUGAAUCGUCGUCGUGUUCAUCGUCAGAGUUGGCAGAGGAUGCAUCUUCCUCAACAUUGUGUUCUUCUUCUUCUUCCUCCUCCUCAUCAUCAACCUCUUUGUCAAAUGGCCAUGGGCCUCUGUAUGAACUAUCUGAGCUCAUGACUCACCUCCCGAUCAAGAGAGGGCUUUCCAAGUUUUACCAAGGGAAGUCCCAGUCGUUCACAUCCCUGGCCAGAGUCCAGAGCAUUGAGGACCUUGUGAAGAAAGAGAACCCUCACAGGAAAAGGUUGAAAAUGUGCAAGAGCUUUGCAGGGGCAUUGGACAAUCAUGGCCAGAAGUCAUACGGCCCAAGGCCUACCAUAUCAAAGAAGAGUUCGAUUUCAAAGGGUUCAUUUUUAUCUCCUUCUUCACUGAGCAAGAGAGGUGCUUCAGUGGCUAGUCUUGCCAUGGAUCCUAGCCCUGUGGUCAAGACCUUUCAUUGUUGAAAA